GGCAGCCCAGGCGGCUCAGUGCCAGCGGGGCGCGCGGCGGGCAGCAUGGGGCGCGCGCGGGGCCGGCGGGGCCGCAGCGGGCCGGCGCCCACGCAGUGCGCGAACACCCAGUGCUUCGACCCGCUGGUCCGCGGCUGCGUGGCCUGCAGGCUCUUCCGCACCCCGGAGCCCCGGCCAGCCUCGCCUCCCUCCGACCCCCGCCUCCUCCCUGCCCGCCCCUCCCCGCUCUCCGUCCCCUUCCCCCCCUCCCCGGCCCCCCCUCUAGCGGCCGAGCCGAGCAGCCGGGCGCCGGGGACGGCGGUGCAGCCGCAGGAGGCGGGGGGCGCGGGGGCCGGGGCCGAGGCGCUCCCGCUGCCCGCGCUGCUGCUGGGCGCCCCCGCGCUGCUGGGCCUGGCGCUGGCCCUGGUGCUGGUGGCCGCGCUGAGCUGGAGGCGGCUGCGCCGGCCCGCGCCCCCCAAGCCCCCCAAGGCCCCGGACACGGAGUUGGACGAGCCCCUGGACAACGUCAUCAUCCUCUCUUCUGGGCCCCUUGAUGCCACCGCGCCCGUCUGGCCUCCACCCGGAGAAAACCCAGCCACCACGCCCCCUGCCCACAGCGUCCCCGUGCCAGCCACGGAGCUGGGCUCCACCGAGCUGGUGACCACCAAGACGGCCGGCCCUGAGCAGCAGUAGCGACGGAAGGGGCAGGCGUGGCCCCGGCCCUCCCGUGGGCCAUCGGCCGCGGGGCUGGAGGGUGAAUUCGGCUCUUCAUCCGGCGUCCACCUGCCCCCUUUCUGGGAGCCGGGCUGCUCCCAGCGAAGCCUGCAGAACCGCAGACACUGUGGGCCCAGCGGCACCGUCGGACGCGCAUCCGCGCUUGGGAGCCUCGCGGCUGUGACUGAGUGGCCGGGGCACUGAGCCGAGGCCCCUCUCAGAGCGGGGAGGCCAGCGCCACACAGAGCGAGUCUGGGAAAAGGACCCCGUGGGAGGAUGCAGCCUUGGUAGCUGGUUUAGAAUUUAACACUCACUCUCAGAGCUGCCCUGCUUUUAAACCCAGGCACACGGCUGCCGUGCUGACCGCGCCAGUGGAUGGGUUUGCUUUGGGAUUUAAUACGCGACGACUUGACGAACAGCCUGGAUUGUGCUGACUCUCAGGGGCCUGUACCCGGGUCAACCCUGAGCGUGGACCAGGCUGCUGGGACCCGUGAGGCCAUUUUCACUCCAGGGCCAGCUUCCAAAGCCCCGGCUCACACUGGAGCCUCGGCCCCUGGGGCUGACGGCACUCUCGCUGGAGGCGCAGUGUGCGGGCGUCUCCCUCAGACACCACCUGGGCCCCAGCUGCCUCCAGAGCUCACUCAGCCGGACCCAGGGCAGGGCUCAGGGCCUGCAGGAGGCUUCUUCAUGGGCCUGUGGCCUGAGCCAGCGGGACCUGAUGUCUCUGAAGCCCCUUUCUCCGUGGCCUGCCCUCCCCAAGUCCUGGGCCCAGCGCUGGUCUCCUGGCCUGCCUGUGCCAGCCGCUGGGCCCCCACCAUCCCAGUGGACUUGCUCCGCUGACAGUGGGGCCACUUCGCAGGGCCGGGGGCUGAGACCAUCGCUCCCACCUCUGGAGCACACGGUACUCACUCAGCCUGCCCUGCCCGCCCUGCUACCCAGGCUCGGCCCUUCUGACCAGGACUCCACCCUGGGACGCGUCCUCGGAAGGAGCACUGGACUGGGGGUCAGGAGAGGGGGCCUGGGUACCAUUUUGUCCCCCUGUAGGACCUUGGCCACCUCUGUUCCCUGUAUUGAUGCUGUCGGCUCACCUCUUCCUGACUUGACAUCAGAAUUGCCCGGCAAAUACCCGUCCCUCAGUCGACUCCUUUCCCAGCUCAGGAGACGAUCAGCAGCCAGUCGUUCCCCCCCCCCAGGACCUGGACACUCACAUCUAGGUCUCUUCCUAGCCACUCCCUCCCCCAGCGCAUCUCAAGGAGCCAGGUGGCUGGGGUGAGGGCAGGUGGCACGCAGUAGGCAGCAGGGUGAGGGGCAGGCCCUCCAUGGCCCCAGUCGUCCACUCUCCUCCAUCUGAGCUGAUUCAGGCCACCCCAUCCCCCAAGCCACCUUUUCCACCGGAGCCCCAGGCGGCCCUGGCGGGGAAACAAGUGGUUGAAACGCCUCUGGGGCCUAGACAUGCAAACCUCAGGCCCCACGGUGUCCUGGCUGAACCUCUGGCUAAUAUGCAGCUUCCUCUUCGGUCUCAGUUUCCUUUGCAGAAAAAUGGGGGUGGGGGUGGGGGGCUGGAUACAAAGUUCUCUUUGGCCUGUGACCCUCAGAGGAGAAGGACUGGAACCUUGGAGAAUCCUCCUGCCUGCCCCCCCCCCCGACCAUUUCACAGAUGAGGAAACUGAGCCCCAGAGAAGGAGACUUGCCAUUGUCGUCCAGCAGAUAACAGGGAGGUUCAUAGGGAAGAACCAGGAGCAGAGGCCCGGGGAGAGGUGGGCAAGGAGGGGGUGAGUCUCGCCCCAGCCCGCCAGGGGUCCCUACCUCCCAGGGCCUCCAGCCCCUGGCCCUCUGUUCUCGGCAUUGCUUUCUAAGGAGCCUUGGAAGGUGACCUCAUUUGGUCUUUAUUAUAGCACCUGGUGGAGGGGAGGGGGGUUGUGUUUGCUUCAAGCAGAUGUUUUUAAUUUUAAACAUCAAGGCAUGCAUUUUGUAGCUGCUUCAGAAAGUUUGAGACAGCAAGCCAGGACGGAGUCUACAGAAAAAUGGCCCAUAAUCCAGCAGCGCCAGGCCGCGUGGUGGAUUUCCUACGCACUUGCAGUCACCCUAAACACACGAGUUCACAUCCUGACUGUCAGACUGAGUUUCCUCUCGUCUUUAAGCACUUCCUAAACAAGAUGAAAACUUACAGAUGUCGGAAAGUCGGCCACUGGAGCAUUGGGUUCAUUUCGGUUUUCACAGUGGUUCCCCCUUGUCCGCAGUUUUACUUUUUGGUUACCCAGGGUCCAAGGAUAUUAAACGGAAGAUUCCAAAAAUAAACAAUCUGUGCGUUUUAAAUUGCGCGCUGUUGUGAGUGGCGUGAUGAACUUUCGCGUUGGCCUGCUCCGACCUGCCUGGGAUGGAAUCGUCCCUCCGG